AAGCCAUCAUAUUGUCUCAGCCUUCUUCUUGAUUUUUUUGUCAUCCAUCUCAUCAAAAACUCGUUGAAAUGGCUUACCAUAUUCGAUCCAUCAGCAUGCCCCCUACAUCUCACCCAACUAUACAUAGAGUGGACGAAGAACUACAUAAUCUAAAAGCUCGCCUGGCUUCCUCCAAAACUGCACAUAUGGUGCCCGAGGGAUUAAGAAGUGUUGGAGAUGUUUAUGAAAUAAUUGAGGAGCUUCUUCGCCUACCCAGCAGCCUACAAAGUAUACAAAGUUGUCCAACGAAAUGGGUAGAGGAGCAACUUGAUUGCUCGCUUCAGUUGUUAGAUCUGAUUGGUGUUGCAAGGGAAAGCCUGGUUAUGAUUAGAGAGCAUGUCAAAGACAUUGAGUCAGCAAUUAGAAGGAAAGGAAACGAAGUUAGUGAGACAAAAAAGAAGGCCCAAAAGAUUAUCAAGGAUGCUCUCAAGUCGUUGAAUCUAAUGGGUGGAAAAAGUGUCUCUUGCUGUGUUGAUUACAACAACAAUCAAUUGUUUAAGGUUUCGAUUGAAGCAAGAGAGGUCACUAUCUCCCUUCUCGGACUUGUUCUCUCUUGCCUGUCAAAGCCAAAAACAAAAACAAGUAGGUGGUCUUUCUUUAAGUCCAUUUCCAAGAGAAAAGUGGCUUGCGAAGGAGAAGUUGCACCUUCGGAGGAGAACAUAGAUACGUGGUUACAAGCUUCCUACUAUUGCAUCCUUUCCAAUGAUGUCAAUGCUAUCAUGGUAGAAAAGGCACAUAAUGACUUGCAAACAAUAGCGGAGAGGAUGGAGAGUCUCGAGUCAGGACUAGAGGUCCUAUUCAAGAAGUUAGUCCAAAAUAGAGUCUCUCUUCUUAACAUCCUAAGCUUGUAAACUGUUCAUUAUCAAGAAUUGUACCAUUAAAAUAUCGGCAUUCACGUUUUAUAGGAUUUGUGAAUAGAUAUUG